UGCAAAGCGGCGUUUGCAGGGCGCUGCUACAAAUGCGAGGCAUGGCUGCUCAUCUGCUUUUCUUUUCUCUCUCCUCACAACAACAAAUCUUCUUCAAUUUAUUUGAAGUUCCUGAACUCGCUCUAAGAAGAUUUCUCACAUCUCUUACAACGCCAGCAGUGCCAGCUUAGGUCUCAAUAACCACGAUCAUGGCCACCUUCAUCUUAAUGCCACCCGGCGCUUCCAGCCCCAUCGUCUUCACCAGCAAAUGGACCCUGGAGCACAUCGAUAGCAUCUACCAGUGCCUUUCUCCUGACAGCAAGAACCCUUCGAACAAGCUCCUCAAGAUCUUCCCUUCCCUCUACGAAGAGAUGGAUGCCGGUGCCAAAGCCGGCUUUGCCAACCUCUACAUGGUUGAACGUGGCAUGCCCGUCCUCUUUGCUCGCGACAGUCAGAACAAGUGCUACUACCUUGGAGCUCCUUGCGACUUCUUCGCUAAGGGUGGAAUGCUGGUCAACAUCCCCGGUGCCGCUGAAGUUGUUUUCAUUCACCGUUCUGAGAAACCUGCUUUCCCUGCCAAGAUCCCACGACCUCCCAAUGCCUACAUUCUUUACCGCAAGGAACGUCACCAGUCGGUCAAGGCUCAACGCCCCGACAUCACCAACAAUGAAAUCUCCCAGGUCCUUGGCCGCCUCUGGAACUCCGAGACCCGUGAGAUUCGCGCUUUCUACAAGCAAAUGGCGGAUGAGAAAAAGGCCGAACAUCGCCGACAGUACCCCGACUACCAGUACCGCCCUCGUCGUCCUUCUGAGCGACGCCGCCGCAACAACACUUCUUCUGACAGAAACACUGCGGCUACUACUGGUACACAGCAGAUCACCGCCUAAGAGUUCAUCACUCUUGGAACUUCUUCACUCGAUGAGCACUGGCCAUCUUUGUGGCCUUGAGCAUGAUCGUGAGACGACAAACAAAGACUGGAAUACCUUGCUUGUCGCCUACCUAAUCUCGGUUGCUCUGAGUUUGGGACAUAGAUGAAGGAAGCGAUAUCUUUGUGGAUUUGACGAUACCCGUGGAUUGCAAGCGGCGCAACCCACUCGCUUUGUUUAUUGUUGCACUAGUUAAUAGGUAGCAUCUAUUCUCUGGAGAUAACAGCCCAAUGGAUAGGUAGCUAGCACAUCGACAACGUAUCACGUUGUUCUGUGGUGGACAGGAAAUACAAUAGAGACUAAAGACUC